CAUAUUUUUUGACUAUGCCCAUGCUCACAAGACUUCAGCAAUGUUAUUCUCUACCGGCAAAUCGUUUCUUGCGCGAUUUUCAUUGGAUAUAUCCAGAAAUGCAAAACCAAUUGGUCUCAUAGCCAACUACUGUCAGGUGGCAUCUGCGCUGCGUCCAAAGAAGGCGAAGUCCACCCGGAAAGAGGCGCAGUACUUCUCCGAUGCGAAGAGGGUACGUGCCGUCGGCGGAAAGGGUGGCGACGGUUGCGUGUCCUUCCUACAGCUAUGGUGCAAUGAAAGGGCCGGUCCAGAUGGCGGAGACGGUGGCCACGGCGGGCAUGUGGUGUUCCAGGCCUCUAACGAUGUGCGCAACUUUAACCACGUGGGGAGUAUUCUGAAAGCGGAAGAAGGAGAGCCGGGCAGCUCCAAGGAUUGCCAUGGCAAGAACGCCAAGCAUUCUGUGAUCAAAGUUCCAAUCGGAACGGUGAUCAGGAAUGCGCAAGGUCAAAUUGUCGGGGAUCUGGGACAAGCGGAUCUUAUGUUUGUGGCCGCUCGAGGAGGAGCCGGUGGCAAGGGCAACCGCUUCUUUACCACGGACAAGGAAACGAGUCCAAAAGUCAGUGAAUACGGUCCUAAGGGUGAAGAUCUGUCAUACACUCUGGAACUGCGCAGCAUGGCGGAUGUGGGUUUGAUUGGUUACCCCAAUGCUGGCAAAAGUACCCUACUGAAUGCACUGACACGGGCCAAGCCAAAGGUUGCUCCCUACGCCUUCACCACGCUGCGUCCGCACUUGGGAACCGUCCAGUACGAUGACCAUGUCCAGCUCACCAUUGCCGAUCUUCCCGGACUCGUGCCCGAUGCUCAUCGCAAUAAGGGCUUGGGCAUACAGUUCCUAAAGCACGCCGAGCGCUGCACCUUGCUGCUGUUCGUGUUGGAUGCCAGUGCACCGGAGCCAUGGAAGCACUAUGAGCAGCUAAUGCACGAACUCCGCCAGUUUGGCGGACGUCUGGCCAGUCGCCCGCAAUUGGUGGUGGCUAAUAAGCUGGACGUGGAAGAGGGCCAAAACAACUUUGAGGAACUGCAACGUCGCCUGCAAAAUCCCGUGCUCGGCAUUAGUGCCAAAAUGGGUCAUAAUCUUGGACAACUCCUGAACAGCAUACGCAGAGGAUACGACCGCCACAAGGAACAGCCCAAGGAAUGCAGUUAGAGGCCUCUGUUUAUGUUAUGUUGGUUUAUUAUUUAUAAAUUAAACUGUAAUCUUAUAAGCUAA